CACUCAGCUCCGCUUCUCCUCGUCUUACCAUCCUCAGACUAAUGGUCAGACCGAGAUCACGAACAGGACUCUCAGGGAUAUUCUCUGAAAGAUUGUUCGUGACGACCAGCAGUGGGACCUCCAUCUUGCCCACGCGGAGAUAGCCUACAACCACGCCGUCUUGCUAGCCACGGGGAUGUCGCCUUACUAUUGUGACCUCGGUUAUCACCCUCGUGUUCCUGCGGACUUCCUUCGACAGUCACAAAUGCACCCCGACACGAACUGUCCCGCACUGGAUGAUUGGGUUGCACACAUGACGUCGAUCAUGAAGACCGCACAUGAGCACAUAGCCGCUUCCCAGACUCGCAUGGCAGCACAUGCGAACCAAUCGAGGAUGGACCACCCAUUCAAAGUUGGUGAUAACGUGCUUAUCGACGCCCGCCACUUACAACUCGAAGCGGACACGCUUCGCAAGUUUAGGCGUCGCUUCUUUGGCCCAUGCCGCAUCCUCCAGGCCGUCGGUUCUGAUACGGCAUUUAGCCCGGUCAGCUUCCGUGUGAAGCUGCCCGACUACCUACACCAAGCUCGUGUGCACGAUGUCUACCAUGUCUCGUUACUGCGUCCUUACCGCAGACCGUCUGAGCGUUUCACUGGACGACCAUACGAGCGCCCUCCACCCAUCACGGUGGAUGGCCACGAGGAGUUCCUCGUUUCAGACAUCAUUGGUCGCCGAGUCACCGACGACAACCCUCCCCACGUCGAGUAUCUCGUACGUUGGAAAGGUUACCCUAAUGAGGAGGCUACCUGGGAGCCCCUCGAGCACUUGCAGCAUGCUCGCAUGUUGGUGCGUGCCUAUGACCGUGCUCGUCGUGCUGGGUUCACUGCUCCUCCUCAGCCCACUGACCCUCUUCCUUCUCCCCCGGCUGAGGAGAUCGCUGAAGUCGAGCCUGCUCCAUCUGAGGCAGACCUUCAGCAGCAGUCGGAUGCUUCUGAGCGUCCACAGCGCACUCGUCGUCGUCCUGCUCGAUACGACGUUACAACUCUUCCUCGACGACAUUCCGGACUUCUCAUCGUGAACGUCAUCGGCAGCUUCAUGGACUUUAUCACGAUCAGCUCUGCCUACUUUAGACGUCGCCACUCUCUUACCACUCUACCCUGUACAGUACCCUGCUUCUGCCGCAUGAUGGUCUCCCUUUAGCCGGGUUCCUCUGAGUUGGGCUCUCCCUUGGUAUACGCAUAAUUAUCGGGACCGUAGCGAUGCCCUGGCUUC